CCUCAUCUCAACCAUCAUCAACUUGCAUACGACCGGUUCGCCGUUGUUUACCAGUUUCUAAAGAUACCCCUUCGCAUUCGGAUUUGGGCCUCCGCUGCACAGUUGCACGCGAGGUGUGACACGUUACGCGUUUCGAUGGUUGGAACCGGGAAUGUCGGGUAACAAGUUGUAUGACCCGGACCAAGCCGCUGUCGAUACGCGUUGGAUACAGCCUUGGAGUGAAAACCUAAGGGCUCAAAGAGAUGUCGGGCUACGUGUGCCCAUCAACUUUCAAACCGUGCCAGCUGUGUCCCUAAGACAAGCGUGCUUCAGCAAUAAGCAGUAUGAGCAUCACGCCUUCCAAAAAUGCUUUUCCAACCUCCUCGGCGUCGGCUUUAGGAGGUUUGAAAUAGACGUCUAUUGGGAUCCACUUCAAACGGGAUGGAGCCUAUGCCCAGUACAACAGCCUACGAAUGGUGAUACAGUCUCCGUAGCCUCCAGCCCAACUGUCACAAUAUCCACAGAAACUACAUCUGCAAGACUUCAAGAGUCUACUGCUGUGCCUCCUGGACAACUUGGGUUUGACCGACGUCAAGUUACCUCCGAGACAGCUUCGGCACCUGCGGAAGCGUCAUCGACAGCCUCCUCACCUUCCGCGAUAAACCCUACAGCUUCCCCGAGUGUAGCAGCGAGACCGACACUUAUAACAUUUCCAACUACCGACGGUCCACCGUUGACGCAGAUUGGCAGCUACAACUGUACUUCAUUGACGACACUGGAAUUGCUUACGGCAUUGCUAGGGGACUUCUUAGAGGAUACGGCCACUACUACUGGUGCUGCCAUCACUCUACUUACAUUCAACUUACAUGCAGCAUCCUCCCUGACAGACCCAGAUGGUCCAGCGCCUUUACUCUCGCAAGACCAGCUGCCAGAAUCUGGAGCGUUCCUAAGCGAUAUCGUGAAGGGAAACCUGACCGGCGAGACAUACACACCAUCUCAUUUGCGAGAUCAACGUGCGAACUUGAAUGAAUCAUGGUACCAAGUUAACUGGAACAACCGUCCCGCAGUAGGAUACUACGAUGUCACAACAAAUGUUGAUGGGCAACUGUUUACACAGAAUGGGUGGCCAAGUGAGGCGUUUAUGGAAUUCCAAAAACUAUACCGAGUUGUGACCAGCUUCGGCACUAUCGAUCCACAGAUGCAGUACUAUAACAUUGGACCUGACAUCGACUUCAUUUUCCCGCCAGGAACAAUAACCAAUGUGGCCGAGACAUCCAUCGACUUUGCCGGACGGCUGUCAUCGGGAUGUUUGUUCGCCUCCUCAGAGAGCACCGUGACGUCAAAGACAAACUCAUCAUGGGCCAUCUCCAUUCCAGAAUCGCUCGACAUCAACGCGAACCCCGAUCUGAUGGCACCCAUCCCGUCAAUCACCAACCUUACCUCCUGCGGCUUGAGCCCGUUCCUAAACCAGUCCCUCGCCAAUACAACGGCCGACAAGAAUCCUUUGCCAUAUGCCGACUUCGUUCACUCGUCGCUGUGGUCCUUUGCUCCUGGUGAACCCUUGAAUGCCACUUCCAAGAAUCUCGGGACAACAGCUAAUCGUUGUGUCAUCAUGACUAUAUCUCCCUAUCCCGGUCGAUGGCGCGUGACAGACUGUGUGGACCGCCAUCGCGUCGCAUGCCAAGAUCCCUCACAACCAUACAACUGGCAAAUAUCCUCAAGCGACUCCAACUAUGAGGGCGCCGCCUCCGCCUGCCGCACCCCGUACCAAUUCAGCAUCCCGCACACCGCGCUGGAAAAUGCACAUCUCCUCGCGGCGCUCCAAUCCCAUCGCCAAACAGCUCCUAAUGACGAUGCAAUCUACAUUGACCUCAACCAACUAAGCACCCCUGAUUGCUGGGUCAUUGGUCUGAACGGCACUUGUCCGUACUUAUCCAGAAUGGAUAUAAAUCCGACGCGUGUCGUGGUUGUGCCGACUAUAGCGGCGGUUAUUAUCUUCGUGCUAGCGGCGCUGACUUUUUUUGUCAAGUGUGCGGCGAACCGGAGGGAGGAUAAGAGGGGGAGGAAGAGAAGGCUGGUGGGUGGGUGGGAGUACGAGGGUGUGCCAAGUUGAUGAACUGAGGACUUGGGGAGAGGUUGGGAUGUAGAAUAUAGGAUGUUGUAAGAUUAGGAGUUGUGUACUGGGGGUUGAAAAAUACGUAACGCUAUUGCUGCUAAUUUAUUUAGACUAUAUAUAUAUAUAUAUACGCUUAAUUCCUUCAUAGUAGAUUAAUCUUAUUAUAUUUGGUGC